AUGGACAGUCUCAAGGUCGGCGUACCCACGCUCGACCGGCCCUUUGGCAUCGAGCUAUGGCCUAUCUUCUCAACAUGCUACAAGACGCUAUUUGGCUACGUGCCCGAGAAUUUCCGCUUCACGCCUGGCUACACCGUCCUGUCAACACUGACGGAGACGUUGGUCGCGCUCGUAGCAUACUACAUCAUAGUGUUCGGAGGACGCGAAUUGAUGAAGAACCGUCCGGCAUUUGUCUUGAACGGCCCUUUCAUGGUGCACAACCUGUACCUCACGAUUAUCUCUGGCGGUCUGCUGGCGCUCUUUAUUGAGCAACUGGUACCUGAAAUCACGCGCAAUGGCAUCUUCCACGCCAUCUGCUCCCAUGACGGAGGCUGGACCGACAAGAUGGUCAUUCUGUACUAUAUGAACUACCUCACCAAAUACCUCGAGCUCAUCGACACUGUCUUCCUCGUCCUCAAGAAGAAGCCCCUCACCUUCCUCCACACCUACCACCACGGCGCAACCGCACUCCUCUGCUACUCCCAGCUUGUCGGCCACACCUCCGUCUCAUGGCUCGUCAUCACCCUCAACCUCACCGUCCACGUCGUCAUGUACUGGUACUACUUCCAAGCCGCACGAGGUGUCAAGAUCUGGUGGAAGAAAUACAUCACCAUGCUGCAAAUCAUCCAGUUCGUCAUCGAUCUCGGCUUCGUCUACUUCGCCUCAUACACAUACUUCACGCACACCUACUUUCCCUGGAUGCCCAAUGCCGGACAAUGCGCCGGAGAAGAAUUCGCUGCCUUUGCCGGCAUGGGUAUCCUCUCAUCCUACCUCCUGCUCUUCAUCUCCUUCUACUUCGCCACAUAUCAGAAGCAAGGCAAGACCGGUCGUCCUAGGAGAAACACCGGUCGCGAAGCUCUCAUCGCCAUGAAGGACUUCCCCGCUGACGCGCAAGAAGUCGGUACCCUCGCGAAGGACAGUGCCAACGGUGCAGUGACUACUGGUCGAAGCAACGGUCCCGUCACCCGAUCUCGCAAGGCUUAG